UUAUCCUCGAGAGCCUGCCUUAUCUUCACGUUUGGUCCUGAGAAGAGUAGAGAUGGAAGGGAUAAGCCAUAUUGCACUCCCUGUUCUGGGAAUUGUCGCAGUCUCCGUUGUAACCUUCUAUGCCGUUAGCUUCGCUGAGAUCAGAGAGAAAUCAUUUAAAGAUGUGUAUGACUCGGAGAACAAAGAUGGAGGAGGGUUCAAGACUUCUUUAAGUUCGAGGGAGAGAAGAUCAAGAAGAAGAGAAGCAAAUAAAAAACGUCCUAAAUCUUGAUUUGCAAAUGUACCAGAGACCAAAACUAUAUCGUACAUGUUUUGUAAUCAAAGAGACUCUCUUUUAAGUCAAUGAUACAUUUGUUUUUCUGGGUUUUCAAUUUAUAUGUACAUUAUCGAAUCUGGGACGUCUAUGUCUUGUCCUAAUGUUGUUACUGAUGUAGCUGGGUAUGGUCAUGUGGCUUACUGUUUCUUCA